AGUUAGAUGACGAACAUGUCAGCGGAUCAUCCUCUAACCGGGGCUGAUCAGGGUCCCAACGACCCUACCCACGUGCUGAUAACCUGAUCACGUGCUGAUAACAUGAUCACGUGCUGAUAACCUGCCCACGUGCUGAUAACCUGAUCACGUGCUGAUAACCUACCCACGUGCUGAUAACAUGAUCACGUGCUGAUAACCUGCCCACGUGCUGAUAACCUGAUCACGUGCUGAUAACCUACCCACGUGCUGAUAACCUGAUCACGUGCUGAUAACCUGCCCACGUGCUGAUCACCUGAUCACGUGCUGAUAACCUGCCCACGUGCUGAUCACCUGAUCACGUGCUGAUAACCUGAUCACGUGCUGAUAACCUGCCCACGUGCUGAUCACCUGCCCACGUGCUGAUAACCUGAUCACGUGCUGAUCACCUGAUCACGUGCUGAUCACCUGCCCAUUCACAGGAGGCGUAUUUCCGGGUAUCCUAGUACCAAUUGCCCCAUAUCUUCUCCCAAGCUGAGAGGAGUAAAGAAGAGGAGUUGCAGAUUGUAAAGAAGAAGGAGGAGCCAAGAGAUGGAGCUAGACAGAGACAGACAUGGUCCGCUUUGAGGAAGAGUAAAGAAUAUGGAGUUUCAAGGACUGAACCUGAUGAAGAUAUACCUGCUGACUUCUCUUCAUUUCAUCCUUACCUUACAAAAUGAUUGCACGAACACAGAGUACACGGAGGUAGCGAGUAAGCAGUGUUCCAGAUACCAGGUUAAGAUUAAUGGGGUCUGCAAGGACCCGCUCUGUAAGAAGGGCUACUUCCUCAAAGACAACUACUGUCACAGAUGCCACUUCUCCUGCAAGAGCUGUAUUGCGUAUGACGUGUGCGACUCCUGCGCGGGGACCCGGUCUCUGCACGGCGGCACGUGCCAUUCCAAGUGCCCUAGGAAACACCGGUCAACAUACUCUGACAGCACACUUGGAAUUAAGAUCUGCACUAAAAGGAAGCACCUUCAAGAUACCAGAUGUGAGGUGGGAGAGUGGGACCAGUGGACAGAGUGCGGGAGAAUUGGUGGACCUAAUGUCAGAACCAGGACCAGGACAGUUGGAAAGGGACCUUCUUGUGUUGGCAUCGCGCCAAUUCAGCACAGACAUUGUCUUUCUCUAGGAUUUGCGAGUGACUUAGCAGCGUGCGUUGUAUCAGAGUGGUUACCAUGGGAACAAUGCGACUCGUCCUGUGAGAACAAGUUCAGGAGAAGGCGGAGGAUCCUGGAGACUCCACCUGAUGGAAUGAGGAAGAAGAGAGCUCUGUGUCCGAACCUUGUGGAGGAGGAACCCUGCCCUUGUUACUUUCAGAACCAGGCAUCUGUCAACGAGUUGGGUCAGUGUGAGAUGGGAGAGUGGACACCCUGGUCAGACUGUGACGCACCCUGUAACCAGGGGACCAUGAAGAGGACCAAGUCACCGGAGGGUCCUCAGUACUCACCAGGCUGCAGAACCUUCACUGAGACCAGACCCUGUUGUCAGCAGACAUGUCAAGAUUACUGUUCGGGAACACUACUAGGAGACUGGUCUAGCUGGGGGAAGUGUGAGGGCACCUGUGAGCACAGUACUCGCCGCAGAGUCAGGAGCAAUCUCUUCCCUUCCGUUCUCAUGUUCUGCGAGCUACACCAGCUCUACAUGGAGAUACCCUGUAAAAAGAGGGGCUGCAAAGACCAAUGCGUGUUAAGUGAGUGGGGAGAUUGGUCUGCUUGUGAUAACAACAUAAAGUCCAGACACAGACAAAUGCUAUCCGGAAACAAAUGCCCGAGUCCGGAACUCAUGGACUCCAUUCCUUGCAGCUGAGGAGGUCCCAUCUCCAGACUCCUGGAUUAGACGUGCUAGUUGGAACUCUAGUGCUGCAACAUCACAACAACAACACUAUCCCAGGGACCUCAAUCCUGAAAAUACUCUCCGUUCUUCUUAGAGAAUAGUCAGAUGAAAAAGAAUUGCUAAUGUUUGAUGGUCAACAUUUUGUGAAGUAUUUAAGAGAAAUGAGAACAAUUCUAAACUAAUUCACUUGCCUAAUUCUGGUCUUCUGUUGAGUAUUGAUUUACCACGGCGCUACCAGGGUUACAGUUACCAGGGUUACAGUUACCAGGGUUACACCACGGCGCUUCAAAUUAAAAAACUUAGUCUAAAGCAGUUUAGCGAGUGAUUUAGUCGAGAUAGACUUGAAAUGUUUAACGAUCGAACUGGUUCGGACUUACGUUCUACUGAAAGACUCAAAAGAUAGUCAUAGCGUAGUAAUUAAUGUCUAAAGUUUUAUUAGAGUAUUGUAUAGUUAAUGAAAACUAGAUUUAUGUGCGUUUUAGUACAAAGUUUUCACUCCAUUCGCCAUUAUUUUGUAACAUCAAAACAUGUGGCGAAAAUUAUAUUAUUUAUAAAUUUCCGUUUUUCCGACAUAAUUAAUGAUUGUGACACAUUAUUUUUGUAGAAUGCAACUUCUUAUCGUAAUAAUAUUGAUGCAAUUUCUAAGUUUUUCCUUAAAAAGGCUGGCCAUUCCACAUUUGAAAGCUCACACAUAGGCAGAAAAUACUGUCUCAUGAAUUGUUGUUUAGAAUUUCAAAUUACAAAUGCUGACAAGAGUCACAAAAUUCAGAGUGACUGGCGCGCACCAUGUGUAAAAGUACAGCAGAUCCGGCACUGGAAUACCGUCUUGUUUUGUCCAAUUACUCAAUACUUAUGGGUUUAAUUUAAUUACAUUUAUAUAUCGAUGUUCUGAUUUAUGUACAUUAGAUAAUUUUUACAUGCUAGUAUUGAGAUAUAAUCUAGAUCCCUAAUUUUUCUUUACAAUGUUGCUAAAGAACAUCAUUGCCUCACAGCUCGUCUUGGUAAUAGAGUGCUGAGUAGAUUUCUAAUAUUUGAUUUCAUUGUUUACAUUUCAAUGUAAAACUUA